AUGGCGCACAGCCUCGCCCUGACUGUCUCCAACCUGCACGCCUCAGCCUGGCUCCACAAGAACAUCUGGAGCAGAGGCAUCCUCCUCUUCCUCGAGACACCCACCGGAACCAGCGCAGCAGGCCUCUACGCACACCGCCUUACCCCUUCCCCACAGGAGAACACCCGAAUCGUCUCCUACCUAAGCGACUGGGGCUACGCGCGCUCCGUCCAGCAAGGCACAGAAAUGCGCUCCGACUUCGAGGUCGAGCCGAACCUCUACCGGCAUCCGGACCGGCAGGGGCGGCCGUCGCACCAGUUUAACCGCGAGCAUGAUAUCUAUGCGCUUGGGGUGGUACUGCUUGAGAUCGGGCUGUGGGUGACGAUGUCGCGGCUGAUGGAGGGGAAGAUCCGGGAGGCGAAGGACAGCGGGCGGCUGCCGAGGUCGAAGAAGGUGCUGGAGGAUCUGGUUGCGCUGGCGCAGCAGGGGUUGCCGAAGGAGAUGGGGGAAAAGGUGGUGGAUGUUCUUGCGGGGGGGAUCGAAAUGUAG